UCAAGAGGGGCAAGUGUUUCAGUAAUUGCAUUGCCAUGAAGUUUAUGCUGACAUAACUGCAGGAUGUUUGUACCUGUGGUGGUUUUUCUUAGCACUGUUGGGCUUCACUCUGUGGCAGCUGGAGGUGUGUAUUGUGCUAAAACAGCGAGAGCCCGUGCAGCUGCCAUGGGUUUGGAUUAUCCUGGAGUCCACGGAGCCCCGGAUCUGUUAGGACCAGCUCACCUUGGGAUGCACCGCAGGACAAUAUGGCCUCUCCCUUAUUAUAACAAUGCACCUAACAUGGCCCACUACAAACAAAAUCAGCCAGCAGUGAGCUCCUUAUAUGACAGGACACAUAAACAUGCUGACCCCAGGAAUGCUGAAUCAACCACAUUUCUACUGAGACAUGGCACUUACAUUCCUUUUCAAAGUGAAUACACCACUAACCAACGGCUCAGCUUUCCCAGAGGACAGUCUGUUAGCAACCACAAGUCCAAUUUUGAGGAGGUCAAGCAUGUUGCCCCUCCAACACGUGCUGAAGCCCCAGGCCAGUCUGACCCUGUGAAUAGGGAUCCUCAAGGUCGCAACAAGCCGCUCUCAUUUGUCUACAAUGAGCAUGACCUUGUUGUUGAUGAGUCUGUCCCAAAUAGACAUGGCAUGUCUCUGAGCGCACUCACCCUGCCUCAAAGCAGGGGUCAUGGCGCUUACCAGAGGGGUCCUGGACUGACUGGAUAUGGCCUGGGAAGAAAAAUCCCUUUCUUUGGUUCAUCUCGUUUCUCCAACAAAGGCCAUGUCAGUGCUGUGACUAGCCAAGGCCCUGCUGUUGGUAGACUGGAAAGGACUCGGUUCCCUGGCCAUCUUGCUCAGGCCCUGCACAGACGCCUCAAUGUCAAACAAUUUGUUCAAGGUAACCCUGGUCUUAGACGUCUGAUAAAACCAAAAUCAGGCCCAAAACAGAAGAAGUCGGUGAACUAAAGGGUUUUGACACAUAGUUUGGCUGUCUUGUCCAAUCAUGUCCUUAUGAAGAGUUCUCCAAGUUAACAAGCAAGCAUUUUGUGAAUCUGCCCAUUUUGUGGUUUUCCUCUGAUCUCAAUGUCCAGUUUCUGUGUAGAAGCUCCUGCAUUACAUUAUCACCUGUAGCAGAGAGCAAAACAACUCACAGCAUACGUUUCUCCUUGAACAUAAAAUUUACAAAUGGUUAUAA